CUAUCAACAUUAAAUUGUUCCUAGUCUUAGUUCGUUCAUGUACCUGUUCUAUGUGGGACGUUCAAAAUUUUUUUUUUUAUCCCUGACAUAUAUCAAAAAGGCGAUGUCUAAAGUUUUUCUUACAAAAGGAAUUUCAUACUGCUAGAAGGUGAAUACUAAAUCUAACCAGACUCAAGAUGGCAGGGAUUGGAAAUAGACUGAUGGAAUCAAAGGUACAUCCUAGUGACAGAAACUUGCUGGCUUUUGGAAGGCAAGAUUUCAGCAUUCAGUCUCAGUUUGACACAGGAGGCGGAACAAAUUCAAGGAUGAUGAUUAAAAGAGAUGAUUUGGAUGAAAAAAAAGCUAAAACACAGGAAAGACUAACAUUAGAGGAUGUUAGAUUUUCAGACAUGAGGAAGAAAGUUCCUUUACUGGGAAGGGUCCCACAAAGUAAAAUGAUGGCUUCUGAUCUGGACGAUAGUUUUGAGCAGCAAAAGGCGGAACACAUUACUUUUAUCAAACAAAACUUCAAGCAGUUAGAAUGUCAGCAAUUUGUUCCUGCACCAAAUCAACAAAAAAUAGAGAAAACAGAAGCCUUAAAAUGUCACUGUGGAGAGGUUUUCAAAAAUCAUAUUCCACAUGAAUUUCAUGUAUCAACUCAACCUGGAAAACGACAAGUAACGACAUAUAGAUAUGAUAACCUAAUUUCACCUGAUUUAAAGCCUUUUAUUGAUCCCAACAAUCUUGGAUCUAAACCUUCUGAAAAGUUCCCUCCUGUGGAAUGGAAAGCUGAUCAGGCUAUGAAAGUAAAAAAUACGACGUCUUUUGGUAAAAUAAAAUUUACAGGCAUGGAACAAGUUGGUGGCAUGAAACCUGCAAAGUACUUACGUUUAACAGAUGAAGAAAAACCAGAUUCUGUUGGCCUGGCUAUUAAGCUGAUGAAAGUCCACUGGAGGAUAAUGGAGCCAAAUACGCCUAGUCUGAUCAUAUCUGUUGUUGGUGGUGCUAAAAACUUCAAGCUUAAUGGUAAAAUGAGGGAAACUUUCCAGUCUGGUCUGAUUAAAGCUUCCCAGACAACAAAUGCCUGGCUAAUAACAUCAGGAUUCAAUAUGGGAGUAAUGAAGGAAGUAGGAUUAGCAGUGAGAGAAGGCCAGUCAUUCGAAUGGUAUAAAGACAGAUUUGCCCAUGGUCUACGUUGUAUUGGAAUAGCUCCAUGGGGAUAUGUUAAAGAUAGAAAAGUCCUGACAGACCACACUAUCAAUGUAGAGGGAAAGUUUGAUAAAAUGGCUGAAUACUUAACCAGUAAUGUGAUAGAACAUGCAAAACCAGUGCCGCUGAAUUCAGAUCAUACACAUUUCAUUUUUGUUGAUGAUGGAUACAGAAACUCGUAUAAGGGUGUGGCUAAAUUUAGAGCUAGAUUUGAAAAGAAACUGUCUGAUCCUAUAGAAAAAGGAGGAGAGGGAAUACCAGUUGUAUUGAUUGUAGUAGAAGGAGGUCGAGAUGCUAUAGAUGAUGCUAAAACUUCUCUCGAACAAAAUAUUCCAGUUAUCUUGUGUGAAGGUACUGGCAGAGCUGCGGACAUACUGGUGUAUGCUUACACAAAUCCAGAGAGACGGACUAAGAUUCGUAAGUUGAUAAAGAAGGCAUAUUUUGAAUUGAAGCCGGCAGACAAGGAUGAUCCUAAGGCUAAGCAGAAGGCUGAAGAUGGGAUCAAUAAUGUGUUUGAAAGUGUCAAAAGUUGUAUUGCAAAGAAAGAUAUGAUCAGUAUAUUUCAUAUAAACAAACACGAAGAACUUGAUAAUGAAAUUCUGAAGAUUUUACUGAAAGCUAAAGCUGGUGAAGUAACAGAAAAACAGAGAUUAGAGAGAUUAAAACUGGCACUCAAAUGGGACAGGGCUGACAUAGCACAGGAAGAAAUAUUUAGAGAAGAUGCUUUGUGGAGUAGAGGAAGUUUUGAUGAGACGAUGGAGACAGCCAUAUUAAGUGAUAAUGUAAAAUUUGUACAGAUAAUUCUGAACCAAGGAGUCGUGAUGAGAGAAUUUCUCACCAGCAAAAGAUUGUUAAAACUUUAUGACUUGGCAUUGAACGAAAUAGAUAUAAAUAACAUGCCUUUAAAAAAGUUAAUUACUAAACUUGGCAUGGACGAGCAUAAAGAAAUGAACAUGGAGAAAUUGUCUGUCAUUGUGGUUUCGAUAAUGGACAAGUUUGAUUAUGACAUGGAAGAAGACGAAGAUAUUGAUGAUAAUGCUACUGAUAAUGCUAAUGAUAAUGAAAGAAAUAAGAAUGAACUUAAACACUUUAAAUAUCCAUACAAACAAUUGCUCAUAUGGUCAGCACUACUACUUAGACAGCAGAUGGCCAACUUUGCAUUAAAGAUGGGAGGUGAACCAGUGACAAGUACAGUAGCAGCUUCCAGAAUACACUUCUCCUUAGCCAAAUAUAUACACAGAAAUGAGUUGUCUGUCAAGAAUAAAGUCUUAGCAUAUAAAGAAGAGUUUGAUGAAUUAGCAUCAGUCGUACUAGACGAAUGUCAUUCAAGAGAUCCUACCAAAGCCAUGAUGAUUGCUGAGAGGAGAUCCCCAACGUGGAGUAAUAUGACAGGUAUGCAGAUGGCAGCCUCUGCUGACAAUCAAACUUUUUUAGCAUCCGUUGUUUGCCAAAAUUCUAUUAGUUCAACAUGGAAAAGGGGAAUAGGGUCAUCCUGGCAGAAGGUAUUUAUCGUGAGUUUGUUCCCCUUCCUGGCAGCAACACCACUCCUGGAUAUAGACAAACUUGGAGACAAUAAAAUGUCACCUGCUUAUAAGUUCCUGACAUUUAUUACUUCACCAAUAGCAAAGUUUACUUACCAUUCCUUGAUGUAUUUGAUGUUUCUGAUGCUAUUUACAUAUUUUGUAUUAGUGGAGUUUCGGACAGCUCAUGUUACACCCAUAGAGGUUGUGUGUAUUGUUUGGAUAUCUACAUUUAUUAUAGACAAUGUAUACACAUGUCUGGCAUUUCCAUCCCCUACACUAAAGGGUACCAUCAGAGACUGGUUUGGACUGCUCAAGUUUCUAGACAUUGGAAACUGUUUUAUAGCCAUAAUAGCAUUUAUAAUGCAUUUAGAAGGAACUAAAGCCGACGAGGCAAAGUCCAUAUUUUGUGUCAAUGCUGUUGUAUUUUACAUAAGAGUAUUGGAAGUUUAUACUGUAAACAGUAGAUUAGGACCUAAAAUGGUGAUGAUUAAAAAAAUGAUUUUAGAAUUAGUGAUGUUUAUCUUAGUGUUGACUAUAUUCUUGGUAGCUUAUGGAGUAGUGAGUCAAGGAUUAAUGUAUCGUCAGAGACAAUCUGAUUGGAAGAUCCUUACAGAUGUUAUAUACUUCCCAUACUGGCAGUUUUACGGAGAGCUGUUCUUAGACGAAAUAGAAGAAGACGAAGAUUGUAUGAUACAAGUAAUUUAUAAUAUGACUAAUUCGACUGGUAUGGCUGAUUGGGAUAAUGUUACUAAUCCGAUUAAUAUCACUGAUGGUGUUCCUGAUCAUACGUACUGUAGAAAACCUCACUGGCUGGUUCCUGUAUUCUUAGCAGCCUAUUUAAUGAUUGGAAAUGUACUAUUGCUUAACUUGCUGAUAGCCAUUUUCAGCAAUGUAUUCCAAGAAGUGGAGGUUAAUUCUAACAGAAUUUGGAAGUAUCAGAUGUAUUUGCUGGUGAUGGAAUUUGAUACAAAGGCUGCCCUAGUACCACCACUCAGUAUUUUUAUACAUAUCUAUCUGAUCUUCAAAUGGGUCUUCAGACAUACCUGCUGCAGGAAAGCUAAAGGUCGCCAAUAUGGUUCUCGCCAUUUAGAAUAUUUACAGCUGUUUGAGAAAGAACAAUUAUCUAACUACUUGAGGAAAAAGAAAGCUGAUGCUAAAAAUUCUACAGAAAUAAGUAACCUUAGUAUGCAGAAAAGAAUAGAUGAGUUGUAUAAGAUGAUAAAAGAGGAAUUUUUAGAUGAUGAUCCAGCAACAGUAGACCGCGAAUCUUCCAAGGCAAGAUUUGAAAGUUUAUACAGACCAAACACAGCAGGGGAGGCUACUCUUCACAGACAGAUAUCGAAAAAAGGAUCUAUAAAGGAGACUGUGCCAACAGACAAAGAGGAGGAAGACAAAAAAGAAAUGAAACACAGAAAGAAGAAAAGGAAGAAGAAGGCUAAAGAUGAUGAAGAAAUAUUGUUGAAGGCUAAAGAUGAUGAAGAAAUAUUGUUGCAGGCUAAAGAUGACGAAGACAAAUUGUUUAAGGCUAAAGAUGAUGAAGACAAAUUGUUGAACAUAGACAAAGACAUACAAAAACCAAAAGCAGAGAAAAAGGUUGCUGAUUUAUGGGAAGAAAAUCAAUCAGAUGAAGAAUAUGCUAUGGCUCCUUCCUUAUUACCUAUUGCUCCUAGACGCAAAUCACCGACAAAACAUUUGACGAUGGAUUCUGAUAGUGAUGAUGAGAAACCAUCAAGAUCGCUUCGUAUGAAUAUCCAACAUGACUCUGAUGAUAAUUCUGAUUUGAACAAUUUUGAUAGAGUCAAAAAGAAAAGAAGGAGGAGAAGUCGACCACAAGAUUCUUUCUCUGAAGAAGAUCUAAAAUACAGAGGCUCAAAAAUACGCCAAAAGUUGAGAAAGAAAAGAUCGCGUACAAAUGACAGUGACUCUAAUUAAUGGUGCCAAAUCUUUAUUUGUGUUAGUGGCCCUAGUGUGGUCAUAGUGUUGUUUCAAUCAGUUUCAAUCAUUUUGUAAUGGUCAAGGCGGUUCAUAAUUAAUGGAAUGUUUUAAUACUUAUUUAUUCAUUUUGAUUAAUGUUGAUUGUUAAAAUGUAUUUUUUAAGUUUUCUUUAUUUUUGAGCAACUAUACUAAAAGGGCGAUGUUGCUGUAACAGUUUUCAUACACAUCAAUUAUUGUCAAGUUAUUAAAAAAAGAUAUAUGUUAUGAGGGUCUUGAUGGGGUGUACAGCAUAGAAAUAAUAGGCCAAUACUACAGAAAAAAGGGCCCACAAAAUAAAGAAUAGAGUAUAAUGGGCCAAAUUUACUAAGAAAAGAGAAAAAUAAUAAAAAAAAAAUUUGAAUUGAAGAAACUCCCUAAUCCAGACUCUCUAUUAUGUGGAUAUUAAAUGGUCCUUUUUGAGAGACAUGGGCAGUAGCCUAAGAAAUAUUUACAUUCAAUGGCCUUAUUUGAGGUUAUGUAUAGAUGAAUGAAAUGAGGAUUAGUAUAUUAUGUAGUAUUUUAUACACAAUUUUUAGAGAAUAUUAAACAUAUUUUGUAACAAUUUAUAUAGAACUCACACAUAUAGUAAUAUAAUAUAGCUAUUUCAGAAUAGUUUUGGAUUUCAAAUUAUCAUUUGGUAAGAUGGAUAAAAUAUGUAUUUUUUCAUGUUGUUUGAUACAAAUUAGGGUAUUUUUCCCCCAGCAUAUUAUUGUUAUGUUCAACCCGGUAAGUUUUUGGUUAUGGUAGUUUUCCACGAAGUUUAAGUCACUUAGUUCACAUGUUCAUUAUGAUGUUAAAUUUUUAAAUUGUAUGCCGAUUUCAUGUUUAUCUGAACAUUGACAUAGGAUAGUGCAUGCGGGGCAUGGUGAACUACGGACACAUAUUUGUUUUAUUCAUGUAAAAGUCUGGGUCUAAGGUACUUAUUUUUCAGUUUCUAAACUUUGCCUCAAAUCAUCUACUGGAAAAAGUUGUUUGGAUUUUAUAAUCAGUAAAUAUGUUAGUUGCAUGUUUCAUUGAAACACUUACAGUAUACGACAGGACAAGCAUUACAUUGUAGUGCAAGAAACCAAUAUAACCUAGGCUAGUUAAUGUAAACUUUUGGUAUAAUUUUGUACACUGGUGAGUCGAACAAGUUAUGAAUUGCAUUCAUUCUAAAGAAUUAUAAUAGUAUUUAAGUACAUUUAUAUUGUUGGAUGCCAUAUGUUGACUUCUGAGAUUGUUGUCUCAUUUGCAAUUAUCACGUAUCUCUUUCAUUGUAUUAAUAUGCAUUUAUUGUUUUAUCUUUGUCAAAUGUAUUUCUAUCAUGUUUUUUUUUUUCACUUUUUUUCACCCUUUAAAGAUUUGGAAGCAGUGGCUGAUUCCGAUGAGCGGCUUAUUAGGUGAAUCCCUUCAAAAUAAUUCGUUUUCUUAAAAUUGCCCAAUAUUUUUUUACCAUUUUUGACAUUUAAACCCCACUUUCCUCAGAUCCUGGAUCUGCCCCCUGUUAAGUCAGUUGCAUUAGAUAGAAUUAAUAUUUUAAACUUAAACUUAAACUUCAAAUUGCUGAUUUUGAUAUUAGAAUCAACUUGUUUUAAAUAGUGUAUUAAAAUCACCUGUAAAUUUUUGUAUGCCGCAAACAGUAAUUAGUUGGUAGAAAUUAUGUGAAAGUUGUUUACUUUUGGGGGAAUUUUGUUUUAAAUUUUUACACUAAGCUCGUGACCAUCUUUUAUCAUUUUAUAUUUCAGAUUACUAACAUAUAACAGAUAUUGUUUGUUAUAACACUUUAUGUAAAUUGACAUCUUUCAAUUUCUGUGUGAAUGUAUUGUUCCCUUUUUUAGCUAUGAAACUAUAAGAAGAGAAUAUUCCGAUUUUACCUUUUGGUUCGAUAUUUAUAUUCAAAAUAGAUCUACCUUUUUAUGCAUACCAGUGCCCUGUGUAAAACAAAUAAUGAAAUAAUUUGAUUGAGACUGGUUUGCUUGUUUUCAAUAUGUUUGUCAUUGUUUAUAUCAAAUACUCAAAAAUACACCGGUUAUUACUGGUAUGCAGCAAAAAGGUUGAGAAAUUUCACUAUGGAUUCAUUUAUUUUCAUUUAAUACAGGAAAAAUUGUAGUUUCAUGGUUUUAUAUAAUUCUGCAUACAAGUGUUUAGAAAAUUUGUAUUUUGUUGAACAUGUGAGUUCAUGGUUGACCAAAACCCAUGAAAUCUAUAAAAAUAAGUACCCCAUGUAUAAUAAUAACCAAUACCCAGGAAAUCCAUGAAACUAAGUACCCCAUGUAUAACAAUAACCAAUACCCAUGAAAUCCAUAAAAUAAGUAUUCCAUGUAUAAUUAAAAACCAAUUGUUCAGAAAACAAUUGAAGGUCUUUCCACCCCUAACGAUAUAUUUGGAUAUGAAAAUAAUAAAAUUCGGUUUAAAAUGUCAGUUCCAGUGUCAAAUGAUAGCCCAUUGUUUGCUGAUUCCAAAAAUAUAUGGUUUCUAUACAGUUUUAUUUGAAAAUAGGGAGAUAAUGUGUUACUUCCGGUCUGAAAAAUGGCAUUUCAGGUAUUAUUUGAUUGUUAAUUUGACACUGCUUUCAAAAAUAUAUUAAUCUAUACAUUCUUAUAUGAUAUAAGUACAAAAAAUAGCCACUUCCAGUUUAUAUAAGGUCACUUCCGGUUUGAUUCUUUCAAGGUCAUAUGGCUUGUAACCUAAUGCUGAAAGUCCUAUGGCUUUAUAAUGUAUAAAUAUGAAUUUAAAGCAAAGGUCAAAAUCUAGAACGUCAAAUUUAUCUAUGACCUUGACAUCAAUUUCAAGGUCAUAAACGAAGGACAUCAAAUGAAAAUACCCUAGGUCUUUAUUAUAUAUGGUUAAUGAGUUAUAUUAAUUACUAUAUGCAUAAUUCUAAAUAUAAGAGGGCUAAAACUCCCAUAUAAAGUCUACGCACCCUGUCAACCAAAAUAUAUGUGUUACGACAUGUCACAACUAACAAUUCAGUUAAAAAAUUUUGUCGAUAUCUUAUACUGUUUCUGAAAAGAAGUGAAAUUAAGCCAAAAUCAAAAUUAAGAACAUUUUUCUUAUUUAAAAUACAAAACGGGAAAUAACUCUCAUAUGGAGUCUCCGGACCGCUUCGGUCAAAAUUAUUCUUAAGAUCCUGAGGAUAUAACGAGCAAAUUGGUAAAAUAAUUUUGUUGUAAUCUUAAACGGUUGAGAAGGAGAUGCGCACACAAGAAAAACAGUGUUUGUGGAGAUAACUCUUAUAAUAAAAAGUGUUCGGCUAAACAGGGUAGGUUUUAAAAUUGCAAUAACUGUUCAAUAUCAUAUGCAUAAAAUGUAAGCGACAUCUUGUGAAACCACAAAGCACCGUAAGAAAAAAAUGUGGCGGAAGAAGAAAAAAAAAAUAAUUUAAAACAAAUUGUUCAGAGAACAAUUGAAGGUCUUUCCACCUGUAAAGAUCUAUAGAUAUGAAAAUAGUAAAAUUCGGUUUAAAAUGUCAUUUCCAGCGUCAAAUGAUAGCUUAUUGUACGAUGAUUUCAAAAGUAUAAGGUUUCUAUACAAUUUUUUUUUUUAAUAAGGGAGAUAUUUUUUUACUUCCGGUUUGAGAAAUGUUACUUCCGGUAAUAUUUAAUGUUUACUUGACACUGAUUCCAAAAAUAUAUGGUUCUAUAAACAUUUAUAUUAAAUAAGGACCAAAAAAUAGCUACUUCCGGUUUACACAAGGUCACUUCCGGUUGGCUUUUCCAAGGUUAAAUGGCUUGCAACCUAAUGCAAAAGUCCCAUGGCUUUAUCAUGAAUACAUAUGAGGUAAAAGCAAAGGUCAAAAUCUAGAACGUCAAAUUUACCUAUGCCCUUGAGCUCAAUUUCAAGGUCAUUAACCAAGGAUCUCAAAUCAAAAGACCCUAGGUCUUAAUUAUAUUUGGUUAAUGAGUUAUAUCACCAUACGCAUAUUUUUAAAUACAAGAGGAGAGAAAACUCUAAUUUAAUGUUAGCGUAACCUUUAGUCCAAUAUGUAUGUGUUACGACAUGUCGCAACUAACAAUUAAGUAAAAAUAUGUUGUCGAUAUCUUAUAUGUUGUUUGAAAAGAGGUGAAAAUAAGCCAAAAUCCAAAUUUAGAAAUGACCUUGACCUUUGACCUUGACAAUAUUUUCCUUUUUUUGGGCCCAAAGACCUCAAAUCAAAAGACCCUAGGUCUAUAUCACUUAUGGUUUACUAGUUACAAUUACAUGUUACUUAUUUAAAAUGCAGAAGGGGAAAUAACUCUCAUAUGGAGUUUCCGGACCGCUUCGGUCAAAUUAUUUUUAAGAUCCUAAGGAUAUAAUGAGGAAAUUGGUAAAAUAAUUUUGUCAUAAUCUUUAACGGUUGCGAAGGAGAUGCGCACACAAGACAAACAGUGUUUGGGGGAUAAAUAAACAAUAAAAAGUGUUCGGCUAAACAGGGUCAGUUUCAAAAUCGCAAUAACUGUUCGAUACCAUAUGCAAAAAGGCUAAGCGACAUCUUGCGAAACCACAAAGCACCAUAAGAAAAAAAUGUUGCGGAAGAAGAAAAAAAUAAUAAUAAUAAUCAGAACAAAAUCAAUAGGCCUUUCCACAGAAAAGUGGAAAGACCUAAUAAUCAGAACAAAAUCAAUAGGUCUUUCCACAGACAAGUGGAAAGACCUAAUAAUAAAUCCACAGUAUCACAAUUUCUUGUUAUCCAUGAUCAGUCACAGAGAAAAAUAGGAUUGAUAGUAUUCCUAUCUUAGAGCUUGAUAGAAAAUUUCAUAUUAAAUAUAUUUGUACAAAAUAAGAUCCCUUAUGUCUUUAACCACAACACCCGGUUAUUUGAUUCCGCCAUUUUUAAAGUUUAAAUCACAUUAAAUGCAUUUUUCUAAUUUAUCAAUGAUCUUGAGUUAAAAAACAUUAGAAGUAGUUUUAUUUUUUUUCUAAAUGUUUUGUAUCAAGACUGUAAGCAUCACUAGCAAUGAGUCGUUCAUAAAUCGUAAUGUACAAGACAAGACAAUAUUUUAUUUAAGUCUCACCACUUCAUUUAUAAUACAUACAUAUAGUUAAUAAAUCAUAAUCAUAAAACAUACAAGAGCCACUCUUAAAAGAUUUAUGAGAGACUAUUUUGAAUGUAUAUACGUUAUGUACACUUAAAUUAGCAAUAUAAAAUACAUCUUCUUUUCAAUAAAAUGUUAUAUCAGAUUUUUAUCAGAAUAAAAGUAUUUAUUUUCAUCUGUGAAUAAAAUUAUAAAUUUAUCGUCAUCAGACAAAUGCUUAAAAUUAACAUUACAUAGAGAUUCUUGAUAAAACAAAAAACAACGCAAAUCUUCAUACACUGGAAAUUCAUUAAUACAUGUUUUUCAUCUUCAAUUAAAAGAUAUUCAUUAAAAGUGUUGUUAAAACAAAUUCUAUUUUCAACUAAAAGACCUUCAUACCUUCCAUGCUCAAUUUUCAAAGGAGUAGUACCACUUCUAAAUUUCGCAAAUGCACUCCUACAUUUUUCAGGUAAGAGGCAAGAUGUAAAACUAAUUCAAAUCGUUAAAGUUUUUUUUUUUUAAUUCUAAAAUGGUCAUUAUGGAAAUUCAGAAGAUUUAUUAUACUGAUAGUAGAAGCUGUUAACAAUCUUGACAAUUGAACAAAGAUCCCUUAUAAAAUUUUUUUAAAGCUAGCUGAUCUCAGGAAUAUAUUCUAUUUUGUAUAUAUACCUGAUUGUGCCAACAGUGAUACAUUAAAAAAAUAUUCACACAUGAACAUUGAACCAGAAAUGUGAUUAUUGUCUUUCCAUUCUUUGUGAUACUUUCAUGUGUUCAUUGCCAUUUCAUGUUUUGUAUUGAUUCUAUUUUCUACAACAAAUUUAUGGAAAAGGCAUUUUUUUCAAUAUGAUAUUUUUAAACAUUUAUAUUUAUUGUUUUAUAUGAUUUUUAUAAUAGUGACUCAGUAGGUUAUCAGUUUAUUUUUUUAUGAUGACAUUCCUUUCAGUAGUAAUAUAUUCAUAAUACUGAUAAAUUCACUGUGAUACAAUUUUAAUAUGACUAAUUCUACAUUCCCUCCUAUUUCUAUAUGACAUAUUUUUUUUCACUUUUUCAGCAUGUAUUCAUUUGUAUUUUUGUGAAUCCAUUUUUUUUAAAUUAAAAAUUAUGAAAUAGUGAAGGAAAAUCACUCCUUAUAUAAUGAAUGCUAGUUUUUAUUAUAAAUGUGAAACCUGAAUUUUUGGCAUUAAUAAAAACCUCACAAUAAUUUGUGAAUUCACAGUU